AUGUUUUUUAAGAUAAUAAUUAUUAUUUUAAAUUUUGUAUUUUUAGUUGUGAAAUCAGAAUGUGUUUAUAAUGGUUUAGAUUUUUCUAAACUUUAUAAUCCUAAUGGAUAUACAGGAUAUUCUGCAUUAAAUUGGGCCAAUGAUUUGGAUGGAAGGUAUAAGUUUCUUUGGAAUGUGUGCGGAGUGUCAAAUAAGUGUGAUCAAAAAGGAGAGUCAACUGCAUGUCAAUUUAUAGAUAGUAAGGUUCAAGUAGUGGGAGAAAAAUAUAAUGUAGAAUGGAACAGUGAUCCAAAAUAUAACAAAACCUCAAUUACCUACCACACCGAACAAACUAACUGUCCAAAUAAUUUAAAAAGAAAAUUUACAAUUAAUUUGAUAUGUACAGAUGAUGACCUUUAUAGCACCAAGGUAUUUGAAGAAGAGCCAUGUCAUUACAGUGUUACAAUGUAUGGAGCAUGUGGUAUUCCAAUUAAAGAUUCUUCUGAGGUACCACCUAUAAAACCAAUAGAGCCAUGCAUAUAUAAUGGUAUUGAUUAUUCAAAAGCAUCAUCCUUAACUGGUUAUGAUUCUUCAAAUAAUGAAUACUCUUAUCAUUGGAACGUUUGUGGUUACUCAUCAAUUUGUGGUCCAAAUAUUGCAGCAUGCCAAAAAGAACAAAAAUAUGAAAAACGUACACAAAUUAUCGGCCAAGUUUCAAAGGCACAAUGGUCAAUAGAUUCAUCAGUAAAUGCAACAGUGGUAACCUAUUCAACAGAUAAUAGAGUUUUUUGUCAAGGUGAUAAACCAAGACAAUUCAAAAUAUAUUUAAUUUGUAAAGAUUUUAAAGAUAACAAUAGUAAUGGAGAAGAAAUAGAAAUAGUAGAUGGAACUAUUGUACCUGUUAAUGAAGAUGAAGAGUGUAUAUAUUCAACAACCAUUUAUACAUGUGGUGAAGCAAUUAAAUAA